GUCUGUCUGUCUGAAUUUUGCAUCAAAUGAAACAAUUUUUUUUGCUAAUCUCCUAGGGCAAAAUCUCUUCGCCCUAUGAGUAGGAAGAUAUAGAGAGUGCAAAACAAGGCAUCUGUCUCUCCUCUCCUCUUUCUCCCGGUAAACCAAGACGCAUGAGAAGUUAUGUACUCUCUCUAUGAUUUGCGUGAUCGUAGAGCACACUAUUAGUGUAUGUUACGGAUGUAGACUGUUUGGAAUAAAUUAAUGUUUGAAAUAAUUUCGUAAUUUUUAAUUAUUGUUUAAUUCAUAAACUUAUUGAGCAUUUCGUGUAUCUUCAUGUCAUAAGAAGGGAAUAGUAACAUAACGCUUAGAUAUGAAAGUGAAUAUAGAUGGCCUUCUAGUGUACUUCCCAUAUGAUUUCAUAUAUCCUGAACAGUAUUCGUACAUGCUUGAAUUGAAACGCAGUUUAGAUGCUAAGGGUCAUGGACUACUGGAAAUGCCUUCAGGUACAGGCAAAACUCUCUCCUUAUUGUCUCUGAUUGUAGCUUAUCAUAAGGCAUAUCCAUCUGAAGUGAGUAAGUUGGUAUACUGCUCUCGAACCAUUCCUGAAAUUGAGAAGGUACUUGAAGAGCUUCGCCGCUUGCUUACAUACGUUGAAAAUGAAACUGGCCAAGUGAAUAGAAUUGUUGGACUGUGUCUUAGCUCAAGGAAGAAUUUAUGUUGCCACCCAGAGGUGAGCAAAGAAAAAGAUGGUAGAAUCGUUGAUGGAAAAUGUUUUGCUCUUACUGCUUCUCAUAAACGUAGCAUGGCCGCUGUAGAUCCAAAUGUUGAUAUUUGUGCCUAUUUCGAAGCCUUUGAUAGGAAUGGACGUGAGUUUCCUUUACCAGCUGGAGUUUAUGACUUAGAUGAUUUAAAAGAAUAUGGAAAAAAACAUGGUUGGUGUCCAUAUUUUCUUGCUCGUCAUGCUAUAACGCAAGCCACUAUUGUUGUGUACAGUUAUCACUAUUUAUUAGAUCCCAAAAUUGCUGAUCUUGUAUCCAAAGAAAUUUCCAAACAAUCAGUAGUUGUCUUUGAUGAAGCCCAUAAUAUUGAUAGUGUUUGUAUUGACUCUAUGAGUGUUGAUAUCACACGAAGGACUAUUGAAAGAAGUCAGAAUGGAAUUCAAAUACUUGAAAAAACUGUCAAUAGGAUAAAAGAAACAGAUGCCAAAAAGCUGAAAGAAGAAUAUCAACGAAUGGUUGAAGGAUUAAGAGAUGCUGGCAUAGCUAGAGAAACUGAUAUUGUGCUGUCAAAUCCUGUUCUUCCAGAUGAAAUAUUGAAUGAAGCUGUUCCUGGUAAUAUAAGAAGUGCAGAGCAUUUCAUAGCAUUUUUAAAAAGAUUUCUGGAAUAUGUUAAAAUGAGGCUUAGGAUUCAACAUGUUGUUCAAGAAAGCCCAGCAGCAUUCCUGAAAGAUAUUCUACAAAAAGUUCUAAUUGAAAGGAAGCCUCUGAGGUUUUGUGCUGAAAGAUUGCGAUCUUUAGUCCGAACACUUGAAAUUACUGAACUUAAUGACAUGUCAUCAUUAACAGCUUUGUGUAAUUUUGCUACACUUGUGAGUACAUACAUGAAAGGUUUUACUAUAAUAAUUGAACCGUUUGAUGACAGAACACCUUCUGUGCCAAAUCCAAUUCUGCAUUUCAGUUGUAUGGAUGCUUCAGUGGCUAUCAGACCAGUUUUUCAAAGGUUUCAGUCAGUGAUUAUUACUUCAGGU